GUUCUAUUCAAAACUUGUUCCUGUUCAUUUACAAGGACGAAACGUAUCCAGCGAAAAGUCCAUAGCAUGCGGCAUGUGUCUCGUCGAAGAAAGGACAUCAGCGACAGUAUUUCCUGGUCGGACGCAGUGUCCAAAUGAAUGGACAUUGGAAUAUUCUGGCUACAUUAUGACCAAAGAUUUGAGGAGCAGGAAAGGUGAUUUCGUUUGCAUGGACGUCCACUCCGAAGAACAUGACAGAGAUGUUCUGAUCAUGUCUAAGACAGAGAAACAUGAUCAUGUCAGCGAUGUCAAAAUCAGCUGUGGUACUCUUCCAUGUGACAACUAUCCUAAAGAUCAGCUACUUCCAUGUGUUGUUUGUACUUAUUAA